AUGAAAGCUAAGUGCAAGGUCGUUUCCUAAUCUGAAUAACUUCCCUUUCAGCAGGACACGAUCUCCAGUUUAAAACUUUUUGAGUCUUCCUUUACAAAUCAUCACAGUCAUGGCUUCCUCCAGCAGUGUCCUAUGUGAAGAUCAGCUCCAGUGCUCCAUCUGUCUGGAUGUGUUCACUGAUCCAGUCUCUACUCCAUGUGGACACAACUUCUGUAUGAUCUGUCUCAAAGAGUUCUGGGACAGCAGUUCACACUGCCAGUGUCCAGUGUGUAAGGAGGAAUUCCCUAAAAGACCUGAACUACGUGUAAAUACAUUCAUCUCUGGACUUGCUGCUGCAUUUAAGAAGCAGGUUCCCCUCAAGGCUAAAAAGGUUCUGUGCGACUCCUGCACUGAGGAGAAGCUGGAAGCUCUAAAGUCCUGUCUGCACUGUGGCGUUUCCUACUGUAAUAUUCAUCUGAUGCUCCAUAAAACCACAACUAAACUCAUGAAGCACAAACUGAUGGAGCCUGUGGAGAACCUGGAGGACUACAUCUGCCAGAAACAUGACAGACCCCUGGAGCUGUUCUGUAGAGACGACCAGAUGUGUGUGUGUCAGUUCUGUACUGAGGGAGACCACAAAACUCACAACACUGUUCCUAUAGAGGAGGAGAGUGAAAAUAAUAAGACUGAGUUGUGGAUGUUACACUGGGUAGUUCAGCAGAUGAUCCAGGAACGACUGAGGAAGAUUGAAGAAAUCAGACACUCUAUAGAGCUCAAUAAAAAAAACACAGAGAAGGAGAAAGAAGACAGUGUGGAGAUCUUCAGCAAACUGAUGCACGGCAUUAAGAGAAGUGCAGCUGAGGUGCCAAAGGCGAUGGAGGAGAAGCAGAAAGCAGCAGAGAAGCAGGCUGAAGAGUUGAUUAAAGAGCUGGAGCAGGAAAUCACUGAGCUAAAGAGGAGAAACACUGAGCUGGAGCAGAUCUCACACACUGAGGAUCACCUCCACCUCCUACAGAUUUACCCGUCACUGUGCAGCCCUCCACACACCCAGGACUGGACUGACGUCACAAUUAACUCUCAUCUGAGUCUGGAGACUCUGAGGAGAAAAAUAAUACAAGAAGUACUUAAUGAUGAAAUGGACAAGUUUGUCCAUAUUGAACUAAAAAGAAUGCAGCAACAUGCAGUGGAUGUGACUCUGGAUCCUGACACAGCAAAUCCAUCUCUUACCCUAACUAAUGAUGGCAAAGAGGUCACAUGUGAAAACAUAAUAAAGAAGCUCCCUGAUAACCCAGAGAGGUUUGAUCGUUGCAUCUGUGUACUGGGAAAGGAGGGAUUCUCCUCAGGGAGAUUUUACUAUGAGGUGCAGGUCAGAGGGAAGACUAAGUGGGAUUUAGGAGUUGUUAGAGAGUCUAUUAAUAGGAAGGGGGAAAUUACAGCCUGCCCUGAAAAUGGAUUUUGGUCGGUGUCUUGGCAUAAUAAGACUGAAUAUGAGGCUCUGGACUCUCCUCCCAUCCCUCUCUCCUUGAAACAGGCUCCUCAGAAGGUGGGGGUGUUUGUGGAUUAUGAGGAGGGUCUGAUCUCCUUCUAUGAUGUUGAAGCUAAAUCGCAUAUCUACUCUUUCACUGGCCAGUCGUUCACUGAGAAACUCUAUCCAUUCUUCAGCCCCUGUCUCAAUGAAGGAGGUGAAAACUCAGCACCACUGAUCAUCUACCCAUUGACUCAAGUCCAAGAAUAGGUUUUAAACAUGAACUUGUCAAAAUGCACAAAAUUGUGAUAAUCAUGAUUCCUGAUUUGUCCUCCAUGACUAGAGUUGGUAAAACAUGUAAUGAAUCACAAUUAUCAUGCAUUUAUUAUAGCCUAUAAAAAUCUUUUUCUACACUUGUCUCAAUUUCUGCUGCUAUGGAUGGUCCCGCAUGGAUACCCUAAAGAACUGCAUGUCCAAGGCCUUACUUCAGUCGAUAAUCUUAUACAUACUGUAGACUUGUACAUAACUUCAUAAAGACAUUCCUGUGGUUAUUUACAGUAUUUCACAAAAGUGAGUACACCCCUCACAUUGUUGUAAAUAUUUGACGAUAUCUUUUCAU